CGAGGAGAAAGUAAGGGCAGGAAAAAAUUACUACCAUUUUAGGGGAGGAUGUAAGCCACUAUACCAGCCCAUCUAACGUUUUACAGUCGCAUUUAAGUGUCUUUUUAUUGAAAUAAUAAAAUAAACAUGUCGCUAACGAAUUAUUAUUCCAUGAUGGGUCUCCAGACCGAGGAGCCUUACGGUGCACAUUUCAUCCCGGGAGGCUUGCAGGGUUCGACGGCUGGCUGCGCAAAGCCAGGCCGGGGAGCAGAGGAGGAGGAGGGGACCCCCGGCUCACACAUCCCGGAUUUCUCUCAUUUUUCCAACAAACAGUCGAGUUUAAAUGGCUUUUCUCCUUGGACAAACACUUCCACUUCUUCUACGUCUUCUUCUCCGCAGCGGCAAUCCGCCCCCGGUGCGUCCAUCCCCGGCCUUUUUCAUCCACAUCACCUCCUGAGCCACCACCCCUACUACGGCCCGCAGACUCAGACACACGCCGAACACCUUGCAUCCGCGUCGGACAGCAGGUUUGUACGCUGCUGGGAAGGGGCGAGCCCCACCUCGGAGACCGCUCUGUCGCAAGUUUCGGCCACUUUCCCCGCGUGUCUCCCAGCACAGAGUGACCUCUCCAAUCCGAGCCCGAGGUAUGAGACAAUUAAGCCCGAGAGUUCACCCCCGUCACACGACAGUCCUGAAGAUUCCAGCUUCGCCAGUCCGGCGGAGGUGGUCCUGGAGCGGCUUGGGACUGUAGAGGAGCUGGGGAGGAAGCCUGAGCCAAAGAAAGAGGACGACGACAGAAAAACACAGCAGCAGCAGCAGCUUGACCCGGAAAAUCCAUCAGCUAGCUGGAUCCAUGCCAAAUCGACCCGGAAAAAGAGAUGUCCUUACACCAAACACCAGACCCUGGAGCUGGAGAAGGAAUUCCUCUACAACAUGUAUCUGACCAGAGAUCGGCGCCUGGAGGUGGCAGGACUCUUAAAUCUGACAGAGAGACAGGUCAAAAUCUGGUUCCAAAACAGACGGAUGAAGAUGAAGAAGUUGAUGAUUCGGGAGAGGAGGAGUAUGAAUGAAUGAUGAAUUUAGAGGCUGGGGCUUUUGUUUUCUUCCUGUGAUAGGUGAAGAGGUGGUGGUGAUAAAAGAAACACAGUGCUCAGAGAUGGCCAACAUCUCUAACAUGAACUGGCAAGAUCCGCUGUGACUAAGCAAAGGAUUGUAGAGCUAACAUUGCUGCUUUUGAAAACUGCAGUGAUAAACUCUGCAGGGGAGACCGGGAUGUGCUGUAACACACACAUUAAUGUCUUAAAAAAAAAGUUAGGUAAUCUGUACUUUGGCGCAUAAUUCUUCCAUCUGCAUGUUUUAAAAAGAAAACAGCUCAUCUGAAACCCGGGGUAGUUGUAAAUAAUGAUGUGUUAACAUUUACAGGGAGGUCAAUAAACCUGAUCACAAACAUACCAGCUCAUAUCAAAGACUACUCAUUUUAAAACACAUCUGUUUUUAAUAUGGAUGCACAUCUCUCAUGUUCAGAAAUGGCAAUGCUUGAAACAUUCCAGACGUAAUACUUAAACUGUCUGUGCUCUCAACAAAAAAAAUGGGAAUGGUGUUUUAUGAUUUAAGGCUAAAACUAUCGUCCUCAUGAAAACUAUGUUUAAUGUGCAAGCUCGGACUGAAGUACAAGGGAAAACUAUCAAAGAUAAACCGCAUGAGUAAUCUCAUGGCUGAAUACCUGCUUGUUAUAGCCUGAAAAAUAGCUGCAGAAUAUUUGUAUGGGAUUAAAAUGAAAUAUUUUUGGGAGCAAACAGGAUUCAGGCUAGUGGACUGUAUCUGAUGCAUGUAAGUAUUAACAUAUUUACGUGAAAGAUGUUAAUACUGUUGGGUUGGCAUUACCAAAAGAUAAAAGACACAUUCGCUAAGGCUGGAGUUGUUCUCUUUAUGCUCUUAUAACAAUGCGAUUACCCUUAGAAAACAAACCAAAACCAAAUGUAUCUUCGAAAACACCAAGAUUACACAUGUGAAAAAUCUAAAAAUCGCAAGUACUUAAAAGGUGAAUUGAUCAUGCUAAAGUAAUAAUGUGUUUUAAAUGUGAUACUUUCACUUCUGUCCCACUUCAGUGGCUUUUUCAGACCAGGGUCAGCUGUACUUUGUCUAACUGGCUAAUAAGUGACUAAAGAUGAAUAUUUUCUGUCUAACACAUUAUCUGUGACUUGAGGCUUUGGUUUAUUGGCUGUAAAUAAAAUGAGUCUACUGCAUUUUAAAUAGGACCACCUCUUGUUUGGGUUUAAAAGGCGCUCUUGUCUUUUCCUGGUCCUCCAUUGAAGUUUCUGCACAAAUGCGUGGGUCAUAAUAGUUAAAAAUACUGAUGUAGGUUUUGUAUAAUCACAACCUUUUACAUGUCAUGCACUUGUAACCACAGUGCAUUUGCUAAAUUUACAAGAUUUUAUAUAUUUACAAUAAGCAACAUAAAAAAGGAAGCAAAACACCACUUCUUCUUCUUGCUGUAUUUCAGGUGCCUGACAGGUCUGUACAGAAACUUGUUUCACUUUGCUCCUAGUGGAGAAGUUCUCUGUGUUACAACCAAUCCUGGUCUCCCUUAUUAAUCAGAAAGGAGCUUUUAAGGAAUUUGCUCCAGAAGACAGAAUAAAGCUUCUUUGUUUUGUUUUUAUAAACUCUGCAUGUAGCCUUAUAGGGGCAUAUUUGUUGGUAUUGUUGUCCUUGUUGUUGUUGUCAUUGUUGCUGUGUAUAUUUGUUGUUACUGUGGGUUUGAAAUGCAGAUAUGGUCAUGCCUACACACACACACACACACACACACACACACACACACACACACACACACACACACACAGACACACCAGUCAUGGCUAAGCUAUGGUGUGACUGCAGUUUGAUUGUUAGAUUUUCUGUUUCGCUGUUUCCUCCCAGUAACCAGCUACUGUCCUCUUAAGACGUUUUACAACAACGCACAAUCGAUUUCCAUUUUCCAAUGUAAGUUGGUAUAACAUCCGCAGCAACGGGAACAUUGUGAGGAUUUUAAAGGUAUUUUGGUGCUUUUCGUUUUUGUCCACAUUCUCCUUGAGAGAAGAGGAAGAACAACAGGCUAUGUUAGCCUACAGCGACAGGCCUGUGCUGUACUGUGAGACGAAGUGUGAUCAAAUAAGGCCUUCAUCCUGUCAUUUUGGUUAUAAGUUCAAUAUGCUGCUCAUGGUGAUUUUUCUAAAUAAAAUAAAAGACGGA